AUGGCAAGACCUCGUGCGGCAAAGAUAUAUGCAUCUACAAUAGACGAACAUGGAACAGCGAAAUCAACUGGAUCAAUGCAAUCCUCUACCACUAACAACAAUGCAGAGUUUAAUGGCACAUCCAUGCCCACUUCUGUGUCCGCAGUCGGGUCAGGGUAUGUCUCGGUUUCACAAACCAACCGCAAUCAGUUGUCGCCCUCUCUUUCCAGCCAUGGCCCCGGAGCUGCAGCGAUGAUCCACAAACAGAAAGGCGGAGUCAAAGCACUCCCGCCAGGAGUUCCGGUAGGGACAAAUUUUCUCGAUGGUAUCCAUGAGCAAGGCGCCUACUCCUGGGAACCAGGAAGAGCUCCUCUUGAGCAGGACAGGCAUAGGCAGCAAGAACGGGAAAUUAGUGGUGGGGGAAGAAGGCAAUGA